AUGGUGUUCGAUUCAAGCACGGGCAUGUGGACGCCCAAUCCUCUGCUCCAGUCGCAGCCAGACCUCCAGAGAACAUCCAUGCACGCGGUCGCCAACCAGACCAGCGCCAACACGCUGCCCAACAGCUCAACAAUGAUGUCGCUUGCCCUCUCGGCGAUCGUGGAGCGCGACGAGGGGCUUCGCGGCUCGCUCCGGCAGAUGGCUGACCAGUACUCGUCGCUUAUGAUUCCGUCGCUGCUGGAACGCCCACAAGCUGCUGUCUCGGGAAACCCUGCGGCCACGCCCGCGACCAACAUUGCCGUGUUGCCACCCAUCGGAAACGACGCAAAGGUCAUCAGGAGUAAGGUCGGCCCCGUGGAGAUUCGCCUCUACACUGACCGCACCACCUUCGUGGCCCAAGGAGAAGUUACGGGGGUCCUCCACGUUCAGUGUGGCAGCACCAAGGGCCUCAAGAUCGGGCGAAUCGAGCUCCAGCUCGUGGGAUAUGAAGCUAUCAUUCCCUCUGCCGGCACUCCUUUGGCCCUCUCUCGCCGUGCGUUCUUUUUCACCAAGCAGUGUCUUCAGAGUGUAGACAAAGCUCCCACCGACGCCAUCGUUCCGGGCACGCCCGACGAGCACGGCAUGUGGUCUGCCCGAGGAGGGCUGACCAAGCUGCCCUUCUCGAUCGCCAUCGGCCCGGGCUGCAACUCUGCCGCGCAAUCCUCGGGGGAAGAGAAUGCCCCCCUCCCGAGCUCGUUCUGGAACAGGCAGUUUGGCGGUGUGCGGUACAUCCUAUCCGCCUUGGUCUUCAUCAAAAUCGGCCACAAUCCACCCACGCUCCCGCCCGUUACUGCCUACCGCGAGCUCUUUGUUCUCGAACACACACCCGCUCUGCUGUCGGCUUCCUUCCCUGCAUUCAGACAGACCAAUUCACCCACCAGUGCAACAGACACCCAGCUUGUUGGCGGCAUGCUUGGGUUUGGACGAAAAGGACACGUCCAGCUCAAAGCCGAGCUUCAUGUCCCCCAGCCGAGCGAGACAUACGAGCAUCUGUCUCUGGGAACAUGGGUCGCCGGCGGAAUCGGGUUUGUCGGUGUCGAGAUCAAAAACUUUUCGCCCCAGAAGGUCAAGGAGCUCAAAGUGGCCCUGAUCCGUCGCCUCAAGACUUUCUCCCAAAGCGCUCCGGGCGCGAAAGCCGACAAGGGCGACGAUGUUGCAGAUGAAAGAGAAGCGUCACUGUUGCCCGUGAGCUUCUCGCGCCAGCUCGUUGUCGAACGGUCGUUCAAAGCCAUGCGCCAAACCUCCUCCUCGGGCGCCCUUGUCUCUCGCCUCAAGUAUGCAGCCGAGGGAUGGGCCGAAGAUGGAGAGGAUGUCCCGCCAAAGUGGGGCUGGUGGAACGGAGUCGAGCCCAACGAUAGCCGCAAGGUCAUCGUUGACAUCUGCGUCCCGUUCAACGUCCGGACGAUUCGAUACGGCAUGCUGAUCGAUGUUUCGUAUGUCGUUCAAGUCGUCGUGUUGCUUAACGGCGGGAAGAAGCUCUCGGUCGAUAUUCCCGUCACUGUGCUUCACCCAGCGUCGCUGUACAGCAACCUUCCCUCGACCCAGAGGGCUGUGCGAAGCGGCGAGCGCACCUCAGACCAGUCCCUCGCUCAGCAGAGCGCCUCCGCUCUCCAGAUCUCACCCGAUCAGACUCUCCAGAGCCUUGCCGACUUGGGACGCCGCUUAUCCGCCACCAACUUGACGUCCACCGAAAGUGCUGGCAUCUCGGCCUGCAUGACGUCACCGCACACUGCUUCGGCCCAAAGAUACGAUCAGAACUCCCACGCAGCGAUCCCAGGAAAUCAGCAAGGCCUAUAUACAGACCCCUCGUGUGCUGCCGUGGCAGAUGUGUCUGGUAACUACAUGCACCCACAUGCAGCGCCCGUCGCACCGACUGCCUUUGUCGAGACUGGGGGACAGUCGUUGCCACUGCCAGUGAUCGAAACUUCAUUUUCACCCCAGAGUCAACACAUCAGCUUGGAUGCUGCCUUUCCGAGACACAAUCCGUUUCUGGAUCCAGAAUCUCCCAAACAUCAGCCAAACAACGGCAAGGAUCACCCUCAUCGCGACGGUUUCGCGGAACAGGGCAUACCUGAUGAAACAUUCGUCGACACCCACGAGGCGUGGUCAUUUGGUGCUGAACAAGCCACACCGAUGGGCGGCCGAGGGGAAGUCUCGGCUGAUGCUCCUGUGCUGCAGCAUGUCAGUCCUGCGCACAAGAUAUAUAUGCACAGCCUGAUGCAGCGGGCCAGCACCCUGCCACGCAACUCCAACUCCAACCCCAACCAGCCCGGCAGCCGACACAACUCCAUCACUGGCACAUACUACGGCGCACAACAUCGCUCCAAGCCGCCUCCGCCUCCGCCAUCGGCGAGCCACCACGGGACCCUGUACCGGCCAGGGGACCGAAGCUUGGCCAAGACGACUCGAUCGAUCGAGCCUGACGACGAUACAUUUGAGCUGAUCCAGUCGAGAAGAGAGGCCGACCGUCUCCAGGCCACGACCGAGCGCGACCAGCUCAUGAGCCAGCUGCUUCAAGAGGCCAACCAGCUCAGUCGACACGCGCAGCACACCUCCACAGCAGCGACACUGCCCUAUGCCGAGGAAAAUGGCUCUGGACCAGGCGCCGCCACGGCCGACCGCUCCGCGAUCGAGAAAUCGAUUGACCUGAUGUUUGACGACGUGCAUCGCCUCUCGGACGAGUGUUGAGCGAAGGGGACAACCGCCGAACAGAGCUCGCCGGGUGGGCUGUUGGGGACGCUACUGGAGUGCUGCAGGAAAAGGCAACAUUAGAGAAGAGAAAGGCAAAGCGAAGAGAAAUACAUUGAACCGACUGCAGCC